AUGCCUCUUUGCGGCGGUUCCACCAAGACAAUCCAGCGCAAGAUCGUCAUUUUGGGCGACGGUGCGUGCGGUAAGACGUCGCUUUUGAACGUCUUCACCCGAGGCUACUUCCCUCAGGUGUAUGAACCCACCGUGUUCGAAAAUUACGUCCACGACAUUUUUAUCGAUAGCCAGCAGGUGCAGCUUUCACUCUGGGACACAGCAGGUCAGGAGGAGUUUGACCGUUUAAGAGCUUUGUCGUAUGCCGAUACUCAUUGCAUCAUGUUGUGUUUCUCCAUCGACUCUCAGGACUCUUUGGAAAACGUCCAGCUGAAGUGGGUGGGUGAGAUUGCUGACCACUGUGAGGGUGUCAAGCUAGUACUUGUGGCGUUGAAGUGUGAUUUGAGAAACCACGAGGAGGAGGAAGACGACGUCUACCAGGCCCAGAGUCCGUACAACCAGAACAAAAGAUUGAUCUCGUACGACGAGGGCCUCAGUGUGGCCAAGAAGGUCGGCGCCUUGCGCUACCUUGAGUGCUCGGCCAAAAAGAACAGAGGCGUCAACGAGGCCUUCUCCGAGGCCGCUAGAUGUGCGCUCAAUGCCAGACCCAAGGGCGCCAACGACAACGAGCCCGAGAAGAAGGGCUGCGUGAUAAUGUGA